GCUGGCAUGGUGUGCGUAAAUGCAUUCGGUCAGUUAACAUCAGUGUGCGUUCGAUUGAGGCGAAGGAACGGUGUUUUUUGUUGCAGCAUCAGACGGGCGACAGUAGCAAGUAGCGUUACUGCUUUUAUGGGCACUUAAUACUAGCUCCUGUUAGUUUUAUAAUGCAGAAAUACUUCAUAUCCACACUGUUAAUCCUCUCGAUAUCACGCGAUGUCUUCGGGUUUAAUUUGGAGUACCGAAUACCUGUUAUCAAACGAGGCUCGGCAGGAUCAUAUUUUGGUUACUCUGUAGCCGAACACCAAGACGUUUCCGAUGAUGAUUCCCAGAAAUCCACAAGUUGGAUGCUGGUUGGCGCUCCUUUGGAUCAAAAUCGUCAGCCUGGAACGAACAGAUCUGGAGCUCUGUGGAAAUGUCCGCUUACCACGAAUACUUUGGAUUGUGAACAAGUUGUUACUGACGGAAGAACCGUUGCCGAUUCCGAAGAUUUGGUCGCACCGAAUAAUGAAUCUGAAAUAAAAGACAAUCAGUGGCUUGGAGUGACUGUUAGAAGCCAAGGUGUUGGCGGCAAAGUUAUGGUCUGUGCUCAUCGUUACAUUGUCAAAACGCCAGAUUCACGAUGGGGUCAAGGUCUUUGCUAUAUUUUGACUAAGGAAUUGGAAUUCGAAGAUGUUAAGAAGCCCUGUUCUGGCAGACGGACAAACAAAGCUCACGAGGAGUUUGGAUACUGCCAGGCAGGUACUAGCGGAUUGUUGACGUCAGAAGACCGCGUACUGAUCGGAACACCAGGCCCUCACACGUGGAGAGGAAACCUUUUUGUCUUUACUAUUGCAGACAAUUUUUUGGAUCGUGACAGCACCAUCUAUCAUGCCCCAAUGCAGGACGCUUCUCCCGUCAACAAGUAUAGCUACUUGGGAAUGUCCGUGGCUGCAGGUAACUUUUUUAGUCUAAACACUUCCUACGCCACUGGCGCACCCCGAUCUAACGGUACAGGACAGGUGGUUCUAUUGUCAAGACAUCACAAUCAGGAAGAAAUGAGCGUAGACUUGAUUUUGGAUGGCGAGCAAUUCGCCUCAAGCUACGGAUACGAAAUAACGUCCGCUGACGUUAAUGGAGACAACCUCACAGAUCUUGUAGUAGCUGCACCGUUUUAUUUCAACAAAGCAGAGGGUGGGGCAGUUUACGUUUACACAAUGCUGUGCAAAAACGCAACAAAGAAUGAAAAGUGCAACAAACCAACCAAGUUAAUUGGACGCGAGGAGUCACGAUUCGGAUUUGCUCUGACCAAUUUGGGGGACCUGAACAAGGAUGGAUACGAAGAUAUUGCUAUUGGAGCGCCUUACGAAGGCAGGGGGGCAGUUUAUAUCUACCUUGGGUCUAAAGAUGGCUUAAUCACUUCUCCAUCUCAGGUGAUUCAUUCGAGUCAAAUGCCAACCUCCCUCAGCACAUUUGGGUAUUCUUUAAGCGGGGGAAUUGACAUGGAUAAAAAUGGAUAUCCAGAUCUUUUAGUCGGCGCUUACGACGACAACGCUGUUAUCCUCCUCAGGUCUCGAAAGAUCAUCGAUAUUACAACCUACAUUCGAUAUCAGAAUAAAGAUUUGACUUACCAAGAAAAGAUCGCGCCAAUAGAUCCAAACAAGCAUGGAUGUCCUGCUGAUCCUACUUCUAACUACACGUGUUUCUCAUUCGAAGCCUGCUGCAAAACCGCGUCAUUGGUCAGAGAUGAAGACACGCAAAAUCUCAGACUCAACUACUACAUAGAAGCAGAAACUUAUUCAGGAGUGAGAAAGUUUUCUCGAGUCUGGUUUAAAAAUGACAAUCUACGUCCAAGUUCUAUCAAUCGUACAGUAACGCUGGAUCCAAAAGGGGUGGUGCACUGCCAAUCUGACACUGUUUAUCUAAAGGAAAACACACGUGACAUUCAAUCCCCGAUAAAGUUUAGAUUUAAUUACACAUUGAUUCAAGAAGAACCAGUUAUGCCGGUUGAAGGAGCCCCGUUGCCUGAAAUGAAAAACUUUCCCAUACUGAAUCAGCAGGAAGCUGCGAGAAUAUUUGAAGCUACUUUCCAAAAAGAAUGUGGAUCGAAUGAUAUUUGUGAAAGUAAUGUUCAGCUUCAAGCAGCGUUAAAUCUGACAGCGUUAUCAACCGCGCCAAACUUUUAUGAAUUAUUGCUUGGCGAAAAGGAAGAAGUUGUCGUUGAUGUAAACGUGACAAAUAUUGGAGAAUCUGCUUACGAGGCCCAGCUCUUUAUCAUCCAUUCACCAAGCCUAAGCUAUAUUGCUAGUAAAAGUAACGAUUCGAUCCUUUGUAACUUGUACAAUAACACUGUCGUCUGCGCAAUUGGAAAUCCGUUCAAAAUGAACCAGUCUGUGAACAUACAAGUCAGAUUUGACCCUAAAGGGCUCGGGGACAACGAGUCUCAACUUGAAUUCAUAACUUUUGUCAAUUCAACGUCAAAAGAGGUCAUCGAAAAGAAGCCCAUUUCUUUGAAAGCCACUGUCUCGAAAAGGGCUGAAUUAUCCAUUCAAGGGAAUAUACAAAGAACGUAUUACGGAGGACUUGUAAUUGGCGAAUCUGCCAUAAAACAUCUGCACGAAGUUGGACCAAAAGUGUCACAUGUUUACGAAGUAUUCAACGAAGGUCCGUGGAAAGUGAACAUCGUCGAAGUUCACAUAUCCUGGCCUUACGAAGUUGCUAAUGAUAAACCUCACGGCAAAUGGCUUCUCUAUUUGGAAGAAUUGCCAACAGUACAAGCAUCAGGAGGUGGUCAGUGUUCAUUACCUUACGAGCACGACGUUAAUCCGCUAGGAUUACAAGGAAGUCUUAGUCUCGAUGAUGUGGACGCUAUCUUUCCAUCGACCACAGUUAUCUCACCACUUAACGGCUACACGAAUCGCUCGAGUAAUAUGCGAAGACGUAGAGACACUGAAAAAGUAAUAAACACAAAGACGAUGAUUGGUGAAGAUGGUCUGAGGCACCAAAUUGUCUCUAUGAAUUGCAAAGCAAGCACGGCAAAGUGUUUCGAUAUUAAGUGCAUAAUAUAUAAUUUGCAAAGGAAUCAAGAAGCAGUAAUCGCAAUUAAGGCCAGACUUUGGAAUUCAACGCUAGUCGAAGAUUAUCCAAGAGUGGAUGAAGUUCGAAUUGGAUCAAAUGCAAGAAUAAUUAUCCCGUCUAACGUCGUCAUAGAACAGGAAAAUCUGAAAGACGACGAAGCUGUCGCGGAAACCAUAGCUUAUCCAAGUUUACUGGGUCAACAAGACGCGGAACCAGUGCCGAUAUGGAUAAUUAUUGUGGCUAUAGUGGCAGGCUUGUUACUUCUUAUUCUGCUGACACUCGUGCUCUGGAAACUUGGAUUCUUCAAGAGACGCAGGCCCGAUCCCACACUAUCUGGUAAUCUUGAGAAACAUAGAGACGAUAACCCGGAGAACGAAGCACUGUUCAAGCACUGAGGUACUUAUGUUGAAAAUUUAUUAUUUUUAUUAUUAUUAUUAUUAUUAUUAUUGAGAAGAUACUGAAAAUAAUUUUGAGUAUUUUGUCGCACUUUAUUAUCGGCUAAUCAUUCAUAGAUCAAUUCCAAUGACGCCUUAAAAAAUUGGUAUAAGCGAAUUAUUGAUUAUGUAUGUUACGUUUUUAUUGUUGGUAUUUAAACAAACAAAAUGAAAGCAAAAAAGCGAUAAAAAAAGAGGAUAUUUAAAGCCUAUUGUUAUUAUGCAUAUUGUGAUAAUGAUAAUCUCUUGGUUCAUCUAUUUCUGAGCGUGGCUAAAUAUGUUUUUUUUUAACAAAAAUUAUUUUUCGUUUAUUUCUCUGGAAAAUUUUACGUAUUUAUAAUAUAUAUUUUAUACGUAUAUUAUUAUUUUCACAUUAGGUAACUUUUGGGUACAAAAUUAAUUACUACUUCUUUACAUUUUACUUAAUUUGAAAGUAAAAGACAAAAAAAAAAAAAAGGAGCCGAACAUUUAGGAUAUUUUUAUCGACUAUUGGUAACGUGUGAAGAAAGGGCUGAAAAAUAGUAUUAAAAAAGUACUGAUGCGACCAAAGUAAUGAAAAUUUGAUAACUGCCUAAUUAAUUAUUAUUUUUUUCUUGUUUUAUUACUACUAAUAAUGUCAUAGACAAUAUAAUCUUUAUUUGACUGAGUCUAUCUUCGUUGAGAAUAGACGAAUUUAUUUAAGUUACUAGCAGUCUUUUCGUGAGAAACACGCCCUGUUGUCAAUAUAAAUAUUCGUGUUAGAUCAAAUGAAAUCAUAAUAAUUAUUACUACGGUGCCUUAAAUUAAUUGCGUUAUUAUUAACAACACUUUAGAAACGAUUCGUACGCAAACAAAUGAUUUAUGCAUAAGUAUUUCAAUUUGAGACAACAAAGUGUUCUUGUUAAAAAAAAACAAAAUUUUAUUACUGUACAUCUCUUAGAUAGUUUGAUAACUGCGGUAAGACUGACAAGAGAGGUAUUUCAUAACACUACGUCAGAGUACUUUAGUUUUGGUGGUAAAUGAAGAAAAUUACCAUCACAAGUGUAUGAGUAAAAUGUAAGGAAUUAGGGAAUCAGGUUUAUAACAUUGUUUUGAAAAAAUAUUACGAUAUAUUCAUUAACAUUCGUUAUAGAUUUUUAAACAAUAUAUUUGUAAAAUCUAAAAAUUCUAAACUACGGCGAACGCCAAAUAUUUCCUUGUUAUAUCGAUCCAUCACUCGUGUACUGUGAUAUGUACGAAAUUGUGGUACAUAUAAUUAUAUACUCGACGAAAAUUCAAGCGUUAUAACAAGAAAAAAAUUCAUUAAUACAGCUAUUUCUGUAUCUACAACAAUAGCGCACAUGGUUUUUACAGAAAAAUAAUUCCUUGACUUGGUAUUCUAUAAUAUUUUGUAAUACCACACAGCUAAUCAACUUUUUACUAAACUAGUAUAAACUGUACUUAUAAAAGAUAUGAAAAUGGGUUAAUGUGUAACGAAUGAACUUAUCCAAGUUCAGCUUUUCAAUUCUGACGAUAAUUGUAUGAUAUAGUAUCGAUUCCGUCUCUAAUUCUUUGACGAUCAAUCAAAACCGGAUGAAACAAUUUAUGUGAAUUCUGAGCUUCGUUGAUAUUGCUUGGCCGAGUUCCAGAUUUCGCAAUAUGUUUCUUUGAGCACAAUUUAACAGGAAUUAGGUGAAUAUAAAUAGGAAGUAUAAUAAAUCACUACCAUAUUACACAUAUCACUGCCAUGAGUUAUUGUAUAUUACUACUACUUCUGGAAUAGGAUAAACAUUCCCUGAAGCGAAUGAUAAUUAGCAAAGAAAGUAACAGAAAAAAAUAAAAUAAAAAUACUAUCAAGAAGUUUAGAUAAGGGGCCAUCCAUAAAUUACGUCACACGAAUUUUAGAACUUUUAAACCACUCCCCCUGUCCUUGUAACAGUUUGUGACAUUUUUAGAACCCCCUCCCCCCUGAUGUGACUUCACAAAUUUUUAAAACUUAUGCAUGUAUUUAAAAAUAAUCAAAAGAAAACAGUUAUUUUCAUUUUUUUCUUAUUUGUAUUAAAUAAUAUUUAUAUAUAAAUUUCGUGUUUUAGUAUUGUAAAUUUUAACAUGUGACGUCACAAAGCUUUUGACCCCCCCCCCCCCCCCCCCCAUUAACGUGUGACGUAAUUUACGGAUGGCCCCUAAUGGGAAAAAAAAACACUAAUCUUUUAAUUAACUAGCAAUAUACACGCACUUUUGUAUAUCAGUCUCUCAUACCCAAUGUUAUGUGUGAACAUACAUAUUCGAUACUUAAUAAUUGCAUUUAUACAUGUACAGGGUAUAUAUCAGCACAACUUUUUCAUAUGAACAUAAGGAUAAUACAUUAUAUACGUAAUUCAAAUUUGUGACAGCACGGUUAUUAUUAACGGUACUAAAAUAACUUAAUCAUAUUUUACACACUGGUCGUUUCCGACUGUAAUUAAAAAGUAGAUGGAAUUUUGAACCAAUAGGCAGCUGCGAAUAUUUUCCCAAACUAACUACUUCAUGCACCAUAUAAAUAAUAAAAAUUCAUAAAUUACAAAAUGAGUUAUCGGAAUAAUUGAACAAUUUUCAUCUACGUCAUAAUAUGCAGAAAUAAAUUUGUUAUUGGAAAGCGUUAUGGGAAUAAGCGCAACGGAGAGUCGAGAGCUAAAACUCUGUCAAUAUAAAACGGA